UACUCUUCAUGCAUUCUUUGUUUCUUCUGUGACUUUUCCUCUUCUGGGGGUCACUCGAAACUGUUAAGUUUGAGGUCAACAUUUCAUGGGUUUGGUUUGUUUUUUAAUCAUGAAUCAUGAUCUAUGUCCUGUAUUAUUGGUUUGAGCUUGGGUGGAUGAGUACUGACUAGAUACUGAACUGGAUUUGGGUUUUCCUUUUUGUCUGGUUCUCGAUUUCUACUCCUCUUUAAAGGGUUUGUUAUUUGAGUUGUUCAAUCGUGGAAUCUGGGUUGCCUCUGCUGGCCCAAAUUGGUUAUAACAGAAUCAGGAAAACCAGUUUUUCUGUUUUUGCGAGGUCAAGAACAGAGCCGUAGCAGAAUUUGAACUCUGAGAGUGUAAGAAUUUGUCAUUGAGUUUCGGAUUGCAGGGGAAGAGAGUAUUGGGAGAACGGAGCUGUGAUUUUUUUAUCUCAGAAAAAUGGUGACCAGAACAGUGGACCUUCGAUCAGACACAGUCACCAAACCAACUGAAGCAAUGCGAACCGCAAUGGCAAAUGCUGAAGUUGAUGAUGACAUCUUGGGUAAUGACCCAACAGCCUAUCGCUUGGAGGUAGAGAUGGCAAGGAUCAUGGGCAAGGAAGCAGCUAUCUUUGUUCCUUCAGGCACCAUGGGUAACCUCGUAAGUGUACUAGUCCAUUGUGAAGUUAGAGGAAGUGAAGUCAUCCUUGGAGACAAAUCCCAUAUCCAUCUUUAUGAGAAUGGAGGAAUCUCGAUUAUUGGUGGUGUACAUUCGAGAACCGUGAAGAAUAAUCCAGACGGAACGAUGGAUAUUGCGUUGAUUGAAGCUGCUAUAAGGGAUCCUGAAGAGGACCUUUACCACCCAACUACUAGGCUUAUCUGCUUGGAGAACUCGCAUGCAACUGUUGGUGGUAGAUGCAUUUCUGUUGAAUACACAGACAAGGUAGGCGAGCUUGCUAGAAAACAUGGCUUGAAGCUUCACAUAGAUGGAGCACGGAUCUUCAAUGCUGGAACUGCACUUGGGGUUCCUAUUGAUAGACUUGUGCAAGCUGCUGAUUCAGUUUCGGUCUGUCUCUCCAAAGGUGUCGGUGCUCCUGUUGGAUCCGUCAUUGUAGGUUCAAAAAGCUUUAUUGCCAAGGCCAAGAGACUUCGGAAAACCAUCGGUGGGGGAAUGAGGCAGGUUGGUGUCCUAUGUGCUGCUGCUUUGGUUGCAUUGCAAGAGAAUGUCCCUAAGCUUGAGGGUGAUCACAGGAAAGCAAAACUUUUAGCAGAUGGACUGGCUCACAUCAAAGGAAUAGAAGUGGAUAUGGAUUCAGUUGCGACCAAUAUUAUAUAUUUUAAUGUUUCAGAGGGCUCUAACAUGACAGCAGGCAAGCUCUGCCAGUUACUAGAAAAACAUGGUAUACUUGUGAGGCCAAUGUAUUCAUCCAGCAUAAGGGCUGUUCUCCACCACCAAAUCUCAGAAAGUGAUGUUCAGUACACCCUGUCCUGCAUUCAGCAAGCUUUUCAACCCCAAUUCGCGGAUAAUGGAAAAUGAGAAUAUGUCGAUCCUUCAACUGGAAGAUGCUUCCUGCUCUUUCUUAGAAGAUUUGUAACCAUUUGCAAGCCAAAAACAAGAAUGCAGGCUUAAAAGGCAUGGACCUCAUCCAAAAAUAAUGUAAUUGAUACUUUCAUUGUUUGGGAACUGCUUUUCUAGUUUUCCUUUGUAAACUCAUCUAUCAGAAUACUUUACCAUUAAUUCUCCAUUUACCAUGUACCUGA